AUGAAAGGAGAAAAAGGAACGAAAGAGACCUUGAGUGUCUCCUCUUUCUCUACCACUUUCGUGUUUGCCAUCGCCCCAGAUCUGGGCAAUGGCAUGGCCUUUGUGCUAGCUCCUUCCAAGAAAUUUAUAACGGGCCAGGGUCUAGGGCUGUUCAACCUUGGUAAUAAUGGGAGCUCGUCCAAUCAUAUUGUUGCAGUCGAGUUUAGCACGUUCCAAAAUCAGGAAGUUGAUGACAUUGAUGAUAACCCUGUUGGAAUUGAUAUCAAUAGCUUAACGUCAGCCAUACCGGCUCAUGCAGGAUACGUUUCCAUUGGAAGUAGUGAAUCCAGGCAUGUUGAUCUUGCAAGCGGGGAGAGGAUAAAAAUUUGGGUGGAAUACGAUGGAACAAAGCAUCAGCUGAAUGUCACAUUGUCUCCAAUCCAUUUAAGUAAGCCAAAAGUCCCUCUGCUAUCAAUGGAUAUAGAUCUAUCACCAAUCAUUUUAGGACAAACCUACGUAGGUUUUUCUUCUGCUACUGGUCAACAAGUAUCAUCUCUUUAUGUCUUGGGUUGGAGCUUCCAGAUAGAAGGGAAAGCUCAAGACCUUGAUCUUGACAAACUUCCUUCUUUACCAGGCCUGGGAAAAUCUCGGAAGAAACAGGUCAUUUUAGCGGUUGUUUUGUCAUUAACUGGUGUACUUUUAGUGGCAGUUACAAUAUCUGCCAUGGUUUUCUUAGCAUUUAAAAAUAAAAGAGCCGCAGUUCCUGACAUACGUGAAGAUUGGGAGGUCCAAUUCGGAUCUCAUAGAUUUCCUUACGAAGAUCUACUCGUAGCAACGGGAGGCUUCGAUGUAAAGGAGCUUCUAGGACAAGGUGGUUUUGGCCAGGUUUUCAAAGGAGAAUUACCUGGAUCAAAAGUCCAAGUUGCUGUGAAGAGAAUCUCUCACCAAUCUCAUCAAGGAACGAAAGAAUUCAUUUCAGAGAUCUGCACAAUUGGAAGGCUGCGGCAUCCCAACUUAGUUAAAGUUCUUGGCUUAGCUCGAGUUAAUAACGAGCUCCUUUUGGUCUAUGAGUAUAUGCCUAAUGGUAGUCUGGACAAGUUUCUACACAACAAGCCUGAGUUCACGCUUGAUUGGGAUCAAAGAUUUGGAAUCAUCAAAGAUGUAGCCUCUGCGCUUGCCUUCCUGCAUGAAGAAUGGACGGAAGUUAUCAUUCACAGAGAUAUAAAGCCCAGCAAUGUGCUAUUAGAUGGUGACCUGAAUGGAAAAUUAGGCGAUUUUGGGCUUGCAACAUGUAGCAACAUUGCACAGGCUCGUCAAACCACUCAUAUAGCAGGUACCUUCGGCCACAUGGCCCCGGAGCUUGCUAAAACAGGCAUGCCAAGCACAAGCACCGAUGUUUAUGCAUUCGGGGCAUUUUGCUUGGAGGUCGUUUGUGGUAGAAGGCCAAUCAAGUCACGAGCAUCAGCCGAUGAAGUGCAUCUGGCGGAUUGGGUUUUCAAAUGUUGGAAGGAAGGGGAUCUCUUGAAGACAAUAGACUCCACAUUUGGCAAAGAUACUAAGGUUGGGGAAAUCAAUCUAGUAUUGAAGCUUGGACUACUUUGCACGCACAAGGUGGCAGCAGUCAGGCCAAGAAUGUCAGAAAUUAUCCUGUAUCUGAAGGAGCAAGCUUCACUCCCUGAAAGUUUGGAUGCAAUUCUUCAGGAGUAUGUGGAAGAGCCCGGUGAUUACUCUGCAGUAAGGACAAAUGAUUCUACUGCAAUAAUGACCAUCACUGAAUCAUUUCUAUCUAGAGGGCGUUGA